CUCUUCUCUUCGUCUAAAGGGUCGCCAUUCGUGAGUUUGUCGUGAGUCCGGUCGUUGCUCACGCAGCAGCGCUCCCUUCUCACAACAGACGUACACAUUGAACAUUACAACAACGCGGCCAUUUUGUUAGUCUCUCUCUCCGUCUCCAACACUCCAAACGCUUUCGGUUCACUCUCUCAUUCCCGAAAACAGUUUCGACUUGAGAGAUACGACAACAACAACAACAUGACUUGACCGUGAGGAAGUAGUUCAGUGUUGUGUGUGUCGACUGCCCUCUAUCUCCCUACUAUCAGUGUGUGUCUGUAUGGGUGUGUAGUGCGUGUCAUUCAGUCGAAAAUUCCAAUCAUCAACAACAACAGUGACAUUUCUCCAGUGUUGUUUCAACAUUUCUCACAGUUCUCUCUCUAGUUCUUCUCCCCCACACAGUUUUUCAUAACUUUUUAGAGGAAUUUCGUACGAAAAAACAACAAAAACAUUGUCUUUGUUGUUGAAUCAAAGUAGAAAAAAUUGGAACGCUGCGUUCGUCUCAGCGCCAUUUUCGCCAGCGCGGCAACCUCCUUUCCGUCUCUCUUUUUUUUUUUUUUUUAUUUAUUUUAUUAUUUUUUUUUUCAUUCUCUACCCGAUUCGUGAACACAGACAACGAGACCUCCCGUGUUAAGAGAGACAAAUUUUAAUCCAAUCGAAGUUUUUUUUGUUUUUGAGGGUGGGAAACCUUUGAAUUUUCACUGCGCGUUGUGUUUGUGUGCCUCCAUUUUGAAAUUCUACACGAGACUUUUGACGGAACAGAUUUUUUUUUUCGGUGAGACAAGGUGAACGGUGUAUCAGGAAUUUAUCGGACAUUAUCAUAAUAACCUGUUUUCUAGCCAAGAGGAAUUGGCCUGAAAAUUUUGAAAAGACAAACGAACGAAAAAAAACUGGUUCACGAUGAACCACAUCAUCGGAGUGAACCGGAAAUAUAGUGAACAAAAUUAUUAGUGCGUGUUUUUUUUUUUGCCCCAACUGCACACAUUCUUGAGGCCCCAGUUUUACCAGUUCUCGUUUUUUUUUCUUGUGUUAAUCAACUUCUUCCACACGAGAAAAAAUUUGAAUAUUUUCUCUUGUUGUGGGAGUUUUUAGCCCUUGACUGCCAAAUCAAAUAACAACAGCCCGGAGUCGUCAUGGAAACUUCAUACAGAGUAGGCCAUUCUUGAGGCGGGAGUAGCAGUGGUGCGGCGCGGUCGGCCGGAGGAGGAGGCCGGGCAACUCGGACGAAUACGACAGCUCAAACUACUCAAGGGGCCAUCUAUCGGGCAUCGAUGGCUGGUGGAAGUGGUAGUGGCGGAGUAGGAGGAGGAGGCAGUGGAGGAUCUUCUCGGAUUGCAUCCCACGUUUCACCGCCUCAUCUGGCCUCCUAUCAAGCGUCAACCACUGGCUCCUUCCCUUACGGAGCCGGCGUGGGAGGAUCCAACAACAGCAGCAACAGUAGCAGCAGCACGGGGACCGGCAGCCAAGGCUACAGCAGCUCGACGAGCGGAGCUGGCGGAAGUGCGGGAGGUGGUGCCAAUUCGAGCCCAACGGCGGCCACCAGCACUACCAACAACAGCGAUCAACUGUCGAGGACCAACCUCUACAUCCGCGGUCUGACACCCAACACCACCGACAAGGAUCUGGAGGAACUGUGUCGCAAAUUCGGCACCAUCAUCUCGACCAAAGCCAUUCUCGACAAGAAUACCAACAAGUGCAAAGGUUACGGUUUCGUUGAUUUCGAGUCGCCAUCGGCGGCCGAGUCGGCCGUCAAAGCCCUGCAGCUUCAAGGCAUUCAAGCGCAGAUGGCGAAGCAACAAGAACAAGAUCCCACUAAUUUGUACCUGGCCAACCUGCCGGCCCACAUUACCGAACAGGACUUGCACGACAUGCUUUACAAGUACGGAACUGUCAUCUCGACUCGGGUGUUGCGUGACGGCGGAAGCCAGAGCCGAGGUGUCGGCUUCGCCCGGAUGGAGUCCAGGGAGAAAUGCGACGAAAUUAUCAGCAUAUUCAAUGGCAAAUUGCUGUCCGGCUCGACGCAGCCGUUGCUCGUCAAAUUCGCCGACGGCGGCAACAAGAAUAAGCGUCAGCACAAGACGCACGAUCAACGCUGGCGCGACGCGGCCGACGGACCUGGCGGUCUAUUGUCGGCUUAUGACAGUCCGGUACAUCCUAAUGGAUUGCCGGCCCUACUUUCUCACAUGCAGCUUGGACGUAAUUUCCCACACCAAAUGUCGCCUUUCCCCAUCGGGCCCAAUGGUGCCCCAUGGCUCGGACAAUACAUUGUCCAGCCGCCCAUGCAUCAGCAGAUGGAAAUGCUGACGUCAGGGAUGGACCCGUCGUUGCAAUACAUCCCGCAGUUGACCACCCACCUGUCCUCACUGCACGUUGGUAGUCCGGGCAAUCCGUAUGCGAUGGGCCCAAGUGGUCACGGCCACGGGCAUCAUCACCACCAUCACCACCACCAUAGCGCUUAUCAGGCAGCAGCACUUUACCAGGCCAGCCAACCGCAAGCGGCCGUCAUGGGUCCCAACUCACUCUCUAUGGCUCCUGAAUCCGAUCCCUCUGCUAGCGCCACCGCCUCUCCCGACGAGCCCUUCUCCUACGGAGCCAUGUGAGAGGUGAUUUAAAACAAAACAAAAAUGGAUUUUUAUUUUUGGACAGAAAAAAAAAGAAAAAUACCAAAGGGAAUUAAAAUCAAGAAAUUUGUGAAAUGUCUGGCAGCAGCGGCGCUCUCUUUUUUUGGACGGUGUGUGAGCGUCGAUGAAUACGGUAAAGAAAUCGGUGAGCUGUGUGGUGUUGUUUAACCUGGACCCAUUUUUUUUUUCUCUUUGGGGAGGGGGGAUUUUUUUUUUUUUUUUUUUUUUUUUAAGAAUUUAUGUUUUCAAAAUGCGUUUCCUUUUUUGUUUUUGCGAUAGGUUUUUUUUCCCUUUUUUUUGUUUUAGGUAGACAUUCCACACAGACACACACACACACAAAUGUGCUUUCCCCCUUGCGUAACCUUGUCGUCUACACCUCCCCUCAUUUUUUUUUUCAUGUAAAUAAGGCGAUGCAAAAUCUGUUUUUCGUGGGGAAAACAAAUUUUCCAGUCGUUUUGGAACCCGGUAGAAUUUUUCUAAUCAUCAUCGCUAACCUUCUAUUUCGUAGAGGUACCUGUUUCCUUUCUCUCGUUCUCCUACUUCCCUCUAUUAAACAAAAAAAAAAAACGGCUAAGGAAAUAAUUGGUGAAUGAAGUGUUACCGGGAAAAUGGGGGGGGGGACAACAAGCGAUCCGUCGUGCAGAAGACAACAAUUUUAGUUUAUUGAGUCAGAAGAUUUACACACAACAAAUGGGGAAAAUAACAAAAAAAAAAAAAAAAGAGAAAAGCGUCUGCCAGCCAAUGAUGUGCCUUUUUUAAUGCCACUCCCCAUACCUUCCUUACACACACACAAUCCCGAUCAAAUCGCAAAAAAGGGGGAGACAUUUUUUUUUUAUUCCGUUUUUUUUUUUCUUUUUAAUUAAUAGUUUACGAAAAAUCAUGUUCCACUUUUUUGUCCUUGCAAUUCGUGUAGGAUUUCUGUGCUUUUUUUUGUGUUCCAAAACUUGGUAUCAAUUCCUGUUGAACCCGUCGAUUUUUGUUUGUAGAUUUGGCGUAUUUGCUGGAACCAAAAAAAGGGGGGGAGGGAUAAAGAAUUUUUUUUUCACGAAACCCAAAAAAAAAAACUUUAAAAAAAGAAAAAAAAAACCUAAAAAAAAAAAAUUACAAUUUUUAAUUUCUAAUUAUGUUAAUGUGGGAAAUCCUCCAGUUACUAAAAAAAAAAAAUGUGGGGGACACAAAACAGCAAAGUUACCAAAAAUAUUAAAAAAGGCAAAAAAAAAAAAAAUUUACCUGGAGCUGAUAGAAUUGAUGGGACAAUUUCCAUUUUGAAUCCCCCCCUCCCAUUUUCUUUGCCUCCGUUUGUUCAAUUUCCACAGCAGAAAUGGAAACAAAACUCUGUUCUCGCUCGCGUUUGUUCAUUUUUGUUUUUCCCUCAUUUUUCUUUUUCAGGUGGUUUGUCAAUUCCGUUAAAAAGGGGGAGGAGACUUGAUUUUUGUGUCCAUGAUUUUUCAGAAAAAGGCGAUUGUGUCGACGUACAGUUAGAUUUUCAAUGUUUUUAUGCGGUGAUUUUGAAAGGGAUUGUCGUUCAUCGUUCGACGAUGAACAAAUACGGAUCGAAGGAAUCGGAGCAAAAAGUACAAAAAAAGAGAAAGAUUAGAGAGGGUAAAACACAAACCAACGUAACACUCCCCCCCCCCCCAUUUUUUAACCCGACAUAAAGGUGGCGUCAUUAUUUUCAUUCAAAAAAAAAAAAAUUAUUUCAUUCGGAUUACAAACUACUCCCUUAAUUAUUUUUUUUUUUUGGGUUCAACACACACUGCCGUUAUUUCAUUUGUUUCUAUUGCGUCAUUUUUUCCUGAAAUAGCCAUUAUUUCCAAACGAUCUUUUUUUUUUUUAAAAAAAACUUAUUUAAAGAUGAUGGUUAUAUAAUUUUUUUUCCUCCUCACUUUCCUCCUACGUCACUUCCGCCACCUCUUUACACAUACCUUCUUAAAAAAAAAAGCGGAAACAACAACAGAAAAAUGUGUUUCAUGCAAAUGGGGAAAAUCAGUAAUUGUUUUUUUUUUUUUUUUUUUUUGAGGUUUCAUCUGGUAAAAAAGUGCGUGAGCGCUGUAUGCAAUUUUAAAUUGUGUCGCCUCCAAAAAAAAAUGUUGACUUCGUUUCAUUUCCUUUUCUAAAUUAAGUUUGUCGUUAUGAAAGAAUGUUUGCACCACCUCGCUCCCUCCCUUCUGUUUUUGCUUUCUUGUUGUUGCUAAUUGUUAAAUUCGUUCUUUUUUUUUUUUUUUUACCUGGCAAGGAAUUAGCGAUCAAAUUUCGCGCGGUUUUGUUAUUUGUUUUGAAAAAAAAAGGAGAAGGAUUUAAAACAAAAAAAAAAUGGGGAAUUUAAAAAAAUUUGUGAAAAAAAAAAUUGUUUGUUAAAUUGUUUUGUUUCGUGAGUGGGUCUCUGAUGACAUCCUUCGGAAUGAAAGAUAAUUUUUCGUAGAAUUUUUUUUUUUUGUUUCUCGCCUUCACGCGGGAGUGAGAGGAAAGACGGGAUGAAAGAUGAGCAAAAAAAACAAUUUCAAAUUUUUUGAUUUCACACGUGUUGUUGUUAUUGUUGUUUUAUUGUCCUCGAAGAAACGCUGCUGCCCGUGGGCAAGAAAAUUCAGAGUUUUAAAAAAAUAGAAAUUAACAAAGUGCAGAAGAAAAGUGAAAUCUUGUGCGUGUAUGCGUGUGCCCCCUCCCACCACACCCUCCCGAAAGAAAAAAGAACGAACGUGUUUGUUGAAAAUUGUUGAAUUUUUGCCCCCCUCUCUUUGUUCACUUUCAUUUCAUUUUUGUCGAUUGGGUAUGGAUAAUUGAGAUGGUUCGAAAAAUUA